AUGAGCACCCGCAAAGGUCGAAGGAAUAAUAACAAUCCCCACGGCCAUCCCCAACACAAUAAUCAAAUUCAACACCCCAACCCACAACUGACCGACUAUGAAUCCGACGCCUACUUCUCCGACAUGCAACACCAACAAGCCCAAGCCGCUGCUGUUGCUGCAGCCGCAGCAGUAACAGCCGCAGCAGCACCCUCCCGCUCCAACGAGGAAAUCAAUCUCGCCGUAAUCCGCCGCCAUAACCCCUCCGUUACCGCUAUCCUCUCCCUCGCACCCUACGCCGUCGUCUACAUCUUCAGCCCAACGACAAAACAAUGGGAGAAGAACGGCGUGGAAGGAACACUCUUCGUCUGCCAACAAACACAAGGGAAACUCGGCGAAGAGCGCUACACAGCUUUCGUCCUGAACCGCCGCGGCCUUACCAACUUCGACCUGCCCUUAACAGACAGCGACAACGUCGAGAUAACCGAGGAAUACGUGAUUCUCAAAGCAGACGAAGGCCUCGAAGGCGAAGCAGGUGCCAACGGGAUCGCAGACCCUCUGAACCCUCAACCUCAACCCAACCAAGCAAACGGGUCCAGCCCAGCCGACGUCCGCAUCUACGGCCUGUGGAUCUACUCCGAGCCCCCGCCAAACUCGACCGCCGAAACACGCACCAUCAAUGCCCAAUUGAUCCGCGAAUGCGCCGCACACGCCGGAAAUAGCCUGAAGAUCGCGCAGGAUCGGCUCGACGCGAUGCGCCAGAACGGCCUCCAAGUUGCCGCGGCUGCAGCUGAAAACCAGACUCCCCCGCUGGAAGAAAUCCAGGCUAGUGUGCCGAUGGGUCGACAAAUAUCGCUGAAGGAUCUGUUUGGGCAGCAGCGGGCGCAUGAUGAUGGGUGGAGUGUACGCGCGCAUCAUAUGAGCCCGGCGGAGAUGCAGAUGCAGAUGCAAAUGCAAAUGCAACAGCAACAACAACCCCAGCUAGGUAUGAUGCCGCCGCCGCCGCUACAUUAUCCGCAGCAGCAUUAUCAGCAGCAACAACCAUCUCAACCACCACCGCAGCCUCAGGGCGAUGUCCUUGGAGACCUGUUCCGCCGAGCGGGUCUAGCGUACCAGGGGUAA